AACCGCAGCGCCUCGAUCCGUCGAGUCCAGGUUCGAAGAAUAAGGCGUGGUGAGGCGAUGAGGUCCGGUCGGCACUUUCGGGGUCCUCGUUCCGAUCGCGAGACCUGCGGUCUUGCAUGGUGACGGUACAGUAGCUCACAGUAGGCAGCCAGAUUGUCAUCAUUCAUCGCAGACUCCUUGGGUACAUAUAGGGAGGGUGUCCUGUGCCAUGUAUGCACGAGGGAGACACACCGCGUUGUCAACAUAGACACACACACCACGCCAACACCACACUUCAUCCUUCCCUUGCCGCGGCUUGUCUUCCCUUGCGAUCACUUCUAACAGACUCAACCCAUCGUCUUCGAUAUCUCCCUCGUUCUCCCUCUCACUCCGCACAAAUCCCACCACAUCUUCUUCAAACGAAACAAGACCAGACGAGGCUACUUCCCGCCGUCGCGACAAUGGCCGCACCGCCGUCAUCGACAGCCCCGUUCCGCAACACCAUGCCCUCCACCCGCCUCUUCAGUCCCCGCAACGCCUUCCUCUUCAGCACGGCGACUGUGCUCAGCGGCUUCAUCGCGCUGCGCUGGCGCACGGAGCAGGACCGGCGGAGGAGGAACCAGGGCACAUUCCACGUCGAACCCGCGCGAUCCGGUGGCGGGAUCUGAGCAGCAGGACGACGCAAGGCAAGGCCGAACACGUAAGCAGAGGACGGCCUGAGCAGAUGGCUUUCUGUCGGGCAGACGACACAGGGUUGGGGUUGUCCCGGCCGAAUGCGAUGCUGGAACGGGGCAUGGGGGAGCGGAGAUGAGAGCUACAAGCGCCCUCGAAUUGUUCGACUUUUCUUCCCUCUGCGUCGUGCUCCCCUCCCCGGACGGAAAAGUUGCCCCCCUCCCCUCGGAGAAACAGGGGGAAAGAACCUCACGAUGUAUCACCAUGUAAACAGCACGAAAGAAAAAACGCAAUAAAACGAAAUAUCAUUUCCCGCGA